AUCGUUCAACGAAGGCAGAUAAUUCAUGUUGCCAUGAAACUAUUCAACGGCCAUAACUCGCAAGGCGUGUCAGGUCUUUCACUUACACAUAUCUCUAAAUUCCGAAAUGCAACUUCCGCCCAACUCCGCCACCGAGAGCUGGCCAACGCCGAACUAUGUUAACCCGGAAACGAGAGGACAUAUAGGGAUGGCUGUUGGCAUUCUACUCGCUGUGAUGGUUACGAUAAUUUUAGCGAUUCGAUUGUACGCAAGGAAAUGGCUGACCCGAGGUUUUGGGCUCGACGAUGUCUUCAUAUUACUUGCAUACCUUCCUGCUACGGCAUAUACAAUCAUCGGUAUUGUUGCCGAGCAGAAAUUCCAUUGGAACCGGCACACUUGGGACCUAGAACUAGAAUACUUCGUUCCAGGUUUACAAUUAAUACUUGUCAACCAGAUACUAUUUAAUCUGGCAACCAGUUUAACCAAGCUGUCGAUACUCGCGCUUCUCCAUCGGCUCACAUCUGCUUCAGGAGAUCGGAUGAUGACCAUCGCUGUUAUGGCAUCGAUAGCAAUUAUUAGCCUCAACUGCUUCAUCUUCAUCAUAGUCAGCAUAUUCCAAUGCACGCCUUUAUGGGAAUUUUGGGAGCUUUCUUCUGGGCCACAAAAUUGUAUCGAUCAGGAUGCCCAUCUAAGGGCGAUUAACCUCAUCAACACCCUCACCGACUGGCUCGUCGUACUCCUUCCCCUCAAGACAGCACUCGGAUUGAAUCUGCCUGCUAGGCAAAUUAGCAUGGUUAUCUUCCUCUUCGGUGUUGGCGUCCUUGCAAGUUCGGCAGGAAUUGCGAGAUGUUAUUUCGCAUGGAUGUUGACAACUAACUUCGACACUGUCUGGAACAACUGGUCGUCGUGGUUUUGCAGCGCCCUUGAGUUAAAUAUUGGCAUAAUAUGCGCCUCGAUUCCGGCGACGAAACCUUUCUUUUCGAGCUACCUCCCUAACGUAUUUGAGACUACGUUUCGACCACAUAACUCCAUGACUAUGGACUGGAAUAGGAAAUUAUUGACACAAUCACCAUCUCUAACUACCUUCAUCGAUCAGUCAUCUACAUCAUCGACCUUCCUUCCGCAACACCCCACGCCGCUACUCUCCAACCCUCAACUUGCUAACCUCAAUAAACCACUACCCCCUAUUGUAUCUAAUCGACACGUCGAUUUAGAAGCGCAACCGGUACCCGUGAAUGAAUUUGGCCCAUAUACCCGUUCUAUAAAAACAUCAUUACCCCAGCGGGCUGGUGUAAGAUUCAGCGAUCCUUGUAGGAAUCUGCCACCGAGCAGUUCCCAACCGCAAGAUCGAACUACAAUAUUAAUAAUGUACCGAGCGGAUAACGAGUCGGUGCCUAUACAACAAAUACCCAGCCGCGCAUCAUUCGCUUAAAUUUACCCGUUCAAAUGAUUCACAUUCCUAAUUACUGGGAGGCUACAUUUUCUUUUCUCUAAUGUCAUUGGUAACGGCGUUUUCAGUGGGCAUCAACGCAAAACGAAUCGUUCUGCAGUUUUACAUGGGGCAUACUUUAGAGCAUGGGUUACAGUUCAUUCAUUCAACGGCACCGGAAUUGCAUUUUCACGAGAGCUGGAUCAGGGUUCAACUCAUCAGGGGAAGGUUGGGAUAAACGGUGUUGCUCUGCAUCUGGACGGCUUAUACGAAGAUACCCACUUUCGCUCACCGGAGGCUCAUUCGCACUUCGCUAGACACGGCAACUAUCAUUUCUUCACUACACUUUUUUCCUUCUCUAAAUUCCACCAUACCAAUCAUUUGCCUCCGAGCGAAAAUCACUCACUCGCCUUCCCAGAACUCAUUACUACUUUACCUUGGAGAGGGGGGAGUUUUACUAUAGCAUAGCGACCUAUCUAAGGUGGUAGCGAGGAUC